AUGAAUGGAACGAUCAACAGCAAUUAUUCUCCACUUAAACCAGUGCCUUUCGUGAGAGGACGGAGUAAAUCUCCACAAAACUUGUUCUCGGGAUUUCUUCCGUCGAGAACACCAAGUAGUGGUGAUCUCCUCCAACAACAACAGCCAACGAAAAAUACAUCAGAAGCGCUGACAACUCUGUCAGCUCAACUCACAGCCAAACAUCGAUCUAACUUAUUAAGAAUGUCCAAUUUACCUGAAAAUACAUCAGAAAUGGGCAAUGACAAUCAAUUUGCAACGUCGGAGAGAAGGCAAAAAGAUGAUGACAAUCAGUCACAAACAUCGUUUGCGCAGUCGGUGCUUUCAGGAAAGAUGACCAAGUUGACACAACCCAAAACAACGAAAUUAUUUAACCUUGAGAAGACGAAAAACGAAGCAUGGGCUUCGGUUCUGGAAACUAAAAAGAAUUACACCAAACAUCAAAAGUUUUGUGAAAUGUUUGUGGACUUUUUAAAUUCAGAUAUGGCAGACCGGUUAUUUAGUUUAUGUGUAUUGUAUAUUUGUAAUUUGUUAAAUUAUGAAAGAGCAAAGGUGAAAUACGAAUUGAAACUCACGGAAGAAUAUAAAAAACAAGAAAUGGAGGCAAAAAAGGAAUGUAUUGAUAAUUUAUCAGAGCUCAGUUUUGCAUACUCGCAAAUUUUACAGGAAUACACCUUUCGAAGUCCUCACAAUUUACGAUUUAGAGAUACUGUGAAAGAAACCAUGUUUUUUGAGGCACUUUACAUGGUCACAUCAUUUGUUACAACCAUAGAAUUUCCCAAUCCAAAACUACAGCCAAUUAUCGAAAAUGAAAUUGAAAGGCUUUUCAGAACUAAAUACUUUCGAAUAACGGACCACGACAAGAAAAACUCUAAUAGAUUCCUUACUGCUGAAGAUACCUUCAAAUUGAAAAGUUGUGGUUUCAAAUUGCCAAGUGAUACUCUCAAACGGCGAAAGAUUACUACAGCAGUGAAUUCAAGAAGUCCAUUAAUUUCAUCUGUUUUUCCUGGAUUUAACCGUGUUGCUCAAGAUUUGGACCAUCAAUUUGAACAAAUCAGCCUUAAUUUACCACCCCAUAUUCUCUUUAGUACCAAAAACAUUUCCAAUUCUGUGGGUGAGGGUGGAAAAGAAGAUGAAGAUAGUUCUUCGAUAGCUUCCCAGAAACCUUCCGUGAUCAUCAUGUAA